AGCAAGGCCCAUGAAGGUUCUCAGUACAAUGAUGGAGAGGCAUCCUGGUUCCAGCUGGCAUCCUGUGUCAGGUGUGUCAUUGUCGUCAACGGCAUCAUCAAUCACGGUCGCACCCGUGAAACCUGUGCCUUGGAGUGUACCCACGGUCUAGUGAGGGAUGGAGCUUGCUGCUCUGCCUGUACAGACUGCAUGUAUGACAGCAGAAUAAUCCAGGAUGGAGAGACGUUUGUGAGGAAUGGGUCGCCAUGCCAACAGUGUACAUGUAAAGAGGGGAACAUAGAGUGUCAACUCGGAGGGCUUUGUCCCCCGCUGCCCUGCAAGAAGACUGAGACACCACAGGACCAGUGCUGCCCUCGCUGUGCAGGCCAGGUGACGUGUGAUCGAGUCCCAUGCCCCCAGUUGCGGUGUUCGGACCCACAGACUGUUCCAGGAGCGUGCUGUCCUGUCUGCUCCAGAUGUGAAUACUUCUCCAAGUUCUAUGAAGAUGGACAGACAUUUGUCUCACCUCGAGAUCCUUGCGAGUCUUGCCUGUGCAAAGAUGGGCAGGUGGCGUGCCGCAGCAUCAAGUCGGACUGUCCGGCCGUGCAGUGUACACAUCCUGGGUCUGUACGCAACCAGUGCUGCCGACAGUGUGACAACUGUAUGUACCUACGUCGCAUGUUCCGUAACGGCCAGAAGUUCACGCCCCCUGGUGGGGACCAGUGUCAAACCUGUGUAUGCAGGGAUGGGAGCGUGACGUGCAACAAGCUGGAAUGUCCAGAGCUCAACUGCCUCAACUCGUACACCCCUACAGGCCAUUGUUGCCCGAUUUGUCGCAUGUCCUGUGAGUAUGGAGGCCGAGAGUAUCGGGAGGGUCAGACAUUCCCCAACCCCCGGGACGAGUGUUCAGUGUGCACCUGUAGGGACAGUCGUAGUAGAAAGCGGCGGCAAAUGUCCAUCGUCCAUGUGCCUGAGCCCCUGCCACUCUGCCCUCGGGACUGCUGUCCCAGCUGUGAGUUCUGCCUGUAUGACCGCAUCUUCUUCGAAGCAACCAUCAGCACUUCAUCCACCCCAGCAACCUGUGUGCCCCAAGAGCUGCACGUACCAGGGUCUAUCCUACGAGGAUGGACAGACGUUCAAGCAGUCCACGAAACAAGUGUGAAGAGUGUCUGUGUCGUCAAGGUGUCGUGUCCACAUUGUUUCUUCAAAAAUCAGUUAUGGCGCAAUGGGCAGAAGUUCCCAGACCCUCAAGACGAGUGUUCAAAAUGUCGAUGUCAAAAUGGAGAAGUGUCUUGCCAACGUCAGCAGUGUCCGCCGGUAUCAUGUCGAAACCCUGUUAUUGAGAACUGCUGUCCUGUUUGUAGGGAGUGUGAGUACCAAGGGCGGAGAAUCGGCAGUGGUCAGACAUUCACCCGUGUUGGUGGGAGCUGUGAGACAUGUGUCUGUGUAGAGGGAAACGUGGAGUGCCAGCGGAAGAUGUGCCAGGAGGUAACAUGCCAACACCCAAUCGAACGUGACUGUUGUAAAGAGUGUACAGACUGUUUCUACCACGGCCGGCCCUUUAACAAUGGGCAGUCAUUCCCAGACACCCAGGAUCGGUUGAGCAGCGUGUGCCCCCGAGCUCCGUGUAAGAACCCAGUGAAGACUCCAGGUCACUGCUGCCCCCGUUGCUCUGACUGUGAACACGAGGGUCAGCAAGUGCGGAAUGGUCUUCGAGUGCCACAUAUAUCAGAUCCAUGUAUGGAAUGUGAGUGCCGGCGAGGCAAUAUGGAAUGCUUUAAAAGAAGAUGUCCUGAUACCGUCUGCCGGAACCCUGUUACACGAGGCUGUUGUCAGGAAUGUGAUGACUGUUUAUAUAAUGGCAAGGAGUACAGCAACAGACAGACAUUCCUGGACCCGACGGACCGCUGUAAGGCCUGCAGCUGUGUGGAUGGCAACAUCAUCUGCUCCCCGAAGCAGUGCCCUCGUGUCACGUGUUUGAACCCAAUGCAAGGGGAGUGUUGUCAGGAGUGCUCCAACUGCCUCUUCCAGGGUGCUGUGUACGACAACGGUCAGGAGUUCCCCGACUCAGCCGAUACCUGCAGCUCCUGCUACUGCAAGUCAGGAAACGUGGAGUGCACAAGGAAACCCUGUGCCAAUAUUGCAUGUUCCCAUCCAAUGAGAGACGGCUGUUGUCCGUGUAAAGCGAUCGAGGAUGCCGACAGGAAGUUCCGCAAUGGUCAGACGUUCCCCGACGUGAAGGAUCCGUGCAGUGAGUGUGUGUGCAGGGAUGGAACAUUCAAGUGCAGCAAGAAGUCAUGUCCGGCUCCCAAAUGUCAAAACCCAGCACAAGGUCAAUGCUGUCCUGAAUGUCGGAACUGUGAACUGAAUGGAAAAAUAUUGGCACAUGGUCAGCGAUUCCCCGCUGAGACAGAUCCAUGCAGUACGUGUGUUUGUCAGCUUGGAACGAUCAGCUGCGACCGUCACACAUGUGACAAGGUAUCGUGUGAACACCCUGUGAUUGAUUCAUGUGGAUGCUCAACUUGUCGUCAGUGCAGCUACCGGAACACCACAUACAGACACAAUCAAGAAUUCCCAAACCCUGAGGAUAAAUGUUCAACCUGCCAGUGUAGGGGUGGGACCGUGCAGUGUUUCCGUCAGGAGUGUCAGUCGAAGUGCAGCCAUCCUGCUCGGGACAAUGGCUGCUGUCCAGAGUGUCAGGACUGUCUAUACGAGGGCAGGAUUCACAAGGAGAUGUCAUCUUUUGCAUCGGAUGUAGAUCCCUGUCAACAGUGUACAUGUAUGGGAGGUAGCAUCAUCUGUCAGACAAUUACGUGUCCACCAGUCAGCUGUAUGACACCCGUCCAGCUUCCCAACGAAUGCUGCCCUACAUGUCCAGUGUGCCAGUUCCUUGGCCAGACAUAUCCUGAUGACAGUCGAUUCCAGCACCCUGAAGACAACUGCCAGUCCUGCACGUGCAAGAUGGGGCGAGUCAAGUGUGAGCGGGAGCAGUGUAUCGUCAAGUGUACACAUCCCCGCCAAGACCUGUGCUGCCCUCUGUGUACGGAUUGCUUCUUCGAGGACACGUUGUACAGGAAUGGACAGUCCUUCCAGCCAGAUCCCUGCAGGAGGUGCUCAUGUAGGGACGGGAAUGUGGUGUGUGAAGAAGAGAAGUGUCCAGCUCUGACUUGCCUCAUGAAGGAGACACCUCCGGGACAGUGCUGUGAGAAAUGUAAAGGUUGUGAGUUCCGUGAUACCCAGUAUGAUACAGGAGCGAUGUGGAUCCUGCCGGAGAACCCGUGCAUCUCGUGUACAUGCAGCGGGGGCCUGGUGACCUGCAUGGAGGUGGACUGCUACGUCCCGUGUGAUGAGCCUGUCCAGGUCCCAGGCCAGUGCUGCCCUGUUUGUCCCACAUGUAACUUUGAGGGUCGGCGCUACAAGAACGGGGAGGGUUUCACUCCCAAUGGCGACCCAUGUGACUACUGUACUUGUGAGGAUGGUCACCUGAGGUGUGUCCACGAGGCAUGUCCCAGCACCGCCAACUGCCCCCCAGAGCAGCUGGUUGCUGCAGCCCCAGGAGAGUGCUGUCCUUCCUGUGCUGGAUUCGGUACGACCUGCACCAGGACCGAGAUCGGUCGACGUACACACCCACGCCCCGAGGAGCCUUGUUUCUACUGUGAGUGCAAGGAGGACUUCCAGUGGGAAUGUAUGAAGGAACAGUGCAAGCCUCUCAGCUGUCCACCAACUGUCCAGAUCUUCACACGAGGACAGUGCUGCCCCAAGUGUCCACCCUGCUAUGACCAGACAGAAGGGAAGUACUACAAGGAAGGGGACGUGUGGUCAGCAGCCGACAACCAGUGUGUCACAUGUCGGUGUGAAAGGUCAGAGGUUAGAUGUAGCCUCCAGGAGUGUCCCCCUGUACAGUGUACAGCAGCGGAACAGCUUGUCCCCGACGCUACCGGUUGUUGUGAGGUGUGUCAGCCGGUUGAGGAUGCUACAUGUGUCUACUACGACACUGUUUAUCAGCCAGGAGACGAGUGGCCGCUAGACGAGUGCACCCGCUGCAAGUGUAUUGCUGGUAAAGUGAAGUGUGCAAUUAAGAAGUGCCCUGUUCUGGACUGCACUCCUGAUGAAGUUCCAACUGUUACCCCUGGCAACUGCUGCCCAGUGUGUCUCAAACAGCCAGGCACCUGCAUCGUGUUCGGAGACCCUCACUACCGCAGCUUUGACGGCACCACCAUCCACUUCCAAGGCAUGUGUCGAUACAUCAUGGCUGCAGACUGUGAGAACAACAACUUUACAGUGGAAGUUCAACAUGACGAUCGGAAUGCACCUGGGGAUGUUUCCUGGGCGCAGAACUUCACCAUCACCAUGAGUGACAUCAUCAUUGAAAUGCUACAGAACCAUGUUGUCAAGGUCAACGGCCGUGUUGUGGAAUUGCCAUUCCUGUAUGGGUCACGUGUCCACCUGGAGAUGUCUGGCAGCACCGUUCUCCUCAACACAGACAUAGGCUUGAAGUUUCUGUGGAAUGGGGACAGCUAUGCUGAGUUGAGCGUUACCGGGGGUUACAAGAGGAAGCUGUGUGGACUGUGUGGGAACUUCAAUGGUUUUCCCCAUGAUGAUCUGCGGACCAAGUUUGGUCAAAUCACAAACUCUCCAGCAGUGUUUGGCAACAGUUGGAAGGCCAAGAAGCAGCUAGGAGCGGAGUGUGAUGAUGCCGCUGAUGUAGAUCCAUGUACAGGAGCUGGAUACCGCACCAGGAAGAUUGCCACCACUAAGUGCUCCAUCAUCACGAGCAAAGUAUUCUCGCGAUGUCACAAGGUCGUCUCCCCUGAACCGUUCUUCUCCUCAUGUGUGUAUGACAUGUGUGCAUGUGCAGACAACCCCAACUGUCUCUGUGACAUCCUGGCAUCCUACGCACAUGAAUGUGCAAAGGCCAAGGUCAAAGUCCAGUGGAGAACCAAUAAUCUGUGUGCCUUCGAGUGCCCCCCUGACACUGGGCUGAUGUUUGAUGACUGUGGUCCUGUGUGCCCCCGGACAUGUGAGAACCUGGACACGCCCCUCGGCAACCUGGAGGAGAACUGUUACAAGCCGUGUGUGGCCAGCUGUCAGUGCCCCGCCAACAAGGUCCUGCACGGCGGCCGCUGCAUCACCCACGACAAGUGCCCCGAGCUGGAGAAGGUGACAGAGGAGGAGUUAUCCUAGAGGACAGGAUUUCCAAGCGAACUGGAGACAAGCUCUCAGCAGCAAGGGACUAGUGAACAGUAUAUGACAUCAAGAAAUACAGGACCUUGUUGGAUACCUUUACUAGAAUCUUAGAUUAACUCCUGUACCCACACAGUCUUGGCAGUGCUAAGAUGGUUUGUGGAAUGGACCCUAAGAUAUUCAUUAUGUCUUUUCCCAGAUGUCACUUAGUCCACUGAAUGGUAUUGAUAUUAAGAGUGCCAGGGGAAGGACUAUCAUGCUACUUCAAGGAUCCUGCAGGCAUUGCUGAUACAAGGGCUACCCCGUCAGCCUGAUCUGAUACUCGGUGAACAUUUUCUAGCCAUCACCAGAGAAUGAGACAAUACUCUACUGAUGUUUGAGCAGUUCAAUUUUAUACAUGCCAUGAUUCACGUCUUGUUCAGUGUAUCAAUGUGUUGUGUUGUGUUGUGUAUGUAAAAAUGUUUUCCGCCAUAUAUCGUCACAGAAUAUAGAGAUGGUGAAGAGUCAGUGUACCUAUUUGAUAACAGUAGUCACCUUCACCUUCGUAUCCAUCACUGCCAGGAAAAUAUUUUAACAGAUAUUUUAUUGUAUUUUAUAACUUUUAAUAAUCUGUUUAGGAUUUAUUAGACUUUUUAUACGGUUUACAGAAUGUUAUAUGUAUCUUAUGAAAAUUGUAAUGUUCACCAUGAGGUAAUAUAUCUCAAGCUUCAAGACAUAAAUAACUGCUGGCAUUAGCCAUAUUGGACGAUAUGUAUCCAAGGCAACAGGGAUAAAUCAGACAGUGCUCAACAGUGUUGUGCCACACCCAGUCACGAUAUGGCUGUAAUAUUGCAGAUUAUUUACUACCUUUUCUUCAGCAUUAAAUAUGUGGUACGUUCAUCGUGACUCAGGCAGCAUGUCCGUGUCAGCUUCACUGCAUGUUCCGUCCACAAGUGUAUGUUUGGAGAUAACGUGUGGUUGGAUACAUUGUCACCUGGUCGGACACAAUGUAUAUUGUUUCUAACCCCUGCCCAUGACUUGGUCAAUGUUUUCAAAACAACAUCCGCUCUUUGGCCACAUUCGAUGUUCAUUUUUAUAGUUCUAGGAGACGCCAACUUCAACAUAUUGAAAACCAAGGAUGAUUAUUAAGGCCUUUGCAGGUAUUUCAAAGAAUUGAAACUUGUAAAACCCUGAUGGCUUUAUUUGUUGUUUUUCUUCAGCCUCUAGUCAUUUGAAACAGAAAUGAGUGGUCUGGACUAAAUAUUACAAGAAGAAAGUUGGGAUGUCAUUUGUAACACUUUUAGGUUUAAGGGGAGGAACAUAAAGGCAGGUAUCAGAAAUUAUUGGGGGCAUUUUGUCAGUAGUCAUAUUUUCUGCUCAGCCAGUAACAACAUUGUGAAUUGGUGUUUUCAUAUUUACUCAGUAAAAUGUAUUAACUCAAUGAGAAUGCAUGUCUGUCUGUAUGUAGGGAAACCGUUUGGAAAGCUGGUACUGCUUUUGUUUCAUUAAUGGAAUUCAUGUAGCACUAUCAUUACACACAGUACAACUUUUAUUUAUGAAAAGCAGUUUUUAGUGGACAUUUCAUGUUAAUCUUUUACUGUAAAAGUUUGAUUCAUUGUACAAUGUUGAUAUUUUUUAUAGUUCUUUCACUCUAAACAGUAUACCCAAGGCUGUCGUAAUUGAAUACUACUGUUCAAAGUUUAAAGCUGUAAUCUGUAACCCUUGGGAUAGCAUUAAAACAGAAAUUCUUAUAAGUGCUGAAUACUCCAUAGUGUAUCGGUCACCUUACAAAGUCACCUGACCUUCUCUGGUGCUGAUUGGAUGGACUACUGUGUGAAUUGUUCAAUAUAUAUCAUGCUGUCAGUACUCGAUUUAUUAUAUACUCAUUUUAUACUUUUUUACAUAACUUGUAUCAUUGCUUAGGCUGCAUCAUAGUAGCAUGUCAGUUGUCAUGGAAACCCCUGGUUUGUGCUCAUUUUCUGCUCACUUGUCUGUUUUGUGUGAUAUAAACAGUUAUACAUCA